AUGGCCUCCUCGGUUCAUGUCUCAUCUCUCGACGUUGUUCGACUUCAUGAGCAAUAUACUGCUAAAUCGCUCUCACCUCUUGACGUCGUUCGUCACGUAUAUGAAAAGAUUGCUUCCUACCAUGAUAAAGCAGUCUGGAUACGCCUAAUCCCAGAAUCAGAGGCCCUUACCCAAGCAGAAGAAUUACUGGAAAAGUAUCACUCAAAACCGCUCCCACCGCUAUUUGGAAUUCCUUUCUCCGUCAAGGAUUCUAUCGAUAUAGCAGGACACCCAACUACGUUGGCUUGUCCAUCAUUCACGUAUGCAGCAAAAGCAACCGCGCCGGUCAUCACGAGAAUUCUCGACGCGGGAGGAAUCCUCAUCGGCAAAACCAAUCUCGACCAAUUUGCAACGGGUCUUGCCGGCGUUCGCUCGCCAUACGGAAUUCCUCGUUGUGUCUUUGACGCCGACUACAUCUCUGGUGGAAGCUCAUCUGGAUCUGCCGUCAGCGUUGCAGCAUCUCUCGUCUCCUUUACGGUCUGUACGGAUACUGGUGGAAGCACUCGAGUUCCCGCAGCAUUAAAUGGUGUUGUAGGGUUGAAGCCUACGUUGGGAACAGUCAGCACCGAGGGCCUGUUUCCUGCGUGCAAGAACAUCGAUUGUGUCUGUAUUAUCGCGAGGACAAUUGAUGAUGCGGAGGAGGUGUGGAACGUUAUGAAAGGCUUUGAUGAGAACGACGUGUAUGCACGUCGAGAGCUUCCGACGUGGGAUCCGUGGCACGACCCGAUUCGAUUUGGAAUUCCUGACGAAAAUUUACUUCGUGGUUUAUCCCCAGUGUAUGCCGAGGCUUUUGAUCAAACCGUUGUAGCGAUUGAAAAAGAUCUUGGAUGUGUCAAGACGUAUAUCGACUAUAUACCCUUCGAGUCAGCAAAUCAAAUGUUGUAUGAUUCUUCAAUCGUCUCACAACGCCUUCUUGCUUUCGAACCGUACAUCAAGUCUCACGGAUUAGAGGUCUUACACCCUGCCAUAAAGUCAACGUUUCAAGUUGCUGCAGACAAUAACUUCAGUGCCACCCGUGCAUACCAAGAUGUCUUCACACUGGCAUUACACAGGCGCCAGGCCGAGAUCCAGUUCCGCAAGAUCGAUAUUCUGGUUGUGCCUAGCACUGUUGGACAUUUCACAGUUGCGGAGCUUGAAGAGGAGCCCAUGGCGAGGAAUAAAGUGAUGGGGAAGUUUACCAACUUUGUAAAUAUGUUGGAUCUGUGUGCUGUCAGUGUGCCUGUGGGGUGGUGGAAGAACAAGAAUGGAAGAGAUUUACCUUUUGGAGUUACGCUGAUAGGGCAAGCGGGAAAAGAUAAAGAGAUCAUGGCAUUCGGAAAGAAGCUUAUGGAGAUGCCGAAUUUGAGACCCCAGGGUUCCAAAUCUUUCUAG